UUGAAGCCAAAUCGACCUGUCAUAUUGGGACCGAAGCUAACAGCAAAUUGGAUUGCGAGACGAAAAUGGGUGAAAAGGUCAAAUGAAAAUCGAACGGAUCGCGAAACUGGCUUGCAAUUGAGCUCCGAAACGGCGUCUACUCCCAAUUACGAGUAUUUAAACGAACAAUAUGGAUCACUAGCGGUUCCUACAGCUUUCUGUGAUCAAAAGGACAAGUAUGGCUCUCAAUUGAGGAAAACACUUCCAUUUGAACAUUCUUUACUCCAGUUUAAAAAAGACGGUGGCCGCUCAACCCUCGUGUAUCCAAAGGACAUGCAUUUGUUUCGGGACAGGCCCUCUGUAAAGGCCUACGAAACGCCAGAAUUAUUUAUGGACGAUUGGUUGAACUUGUACGUAAUGGAAGUUGAAGGUGAUGACUUCCGGUUUGUAUACAUGGGUGCCGAUAGGUCUACAACUCCCUUGCAUACUGAUGUGUAUCAAAGUUACUCAUUCUCCGUUAACAUUUGCGGUACGAAACGAUGGCUAUUCAUCUCACCAGAAGAUGCUCUCGCUAUUGCCGCUCGUUAUGGUUCACCAGAGAUGCCGUCGUGGAUUCGCUAUGAUGACUUUCAGCCGGGUGGUCCUCUGUACGAUUUGCGUAGUAAGAUCCUGGACACGUUGCAACGUGAGGGUGAAACGGUUUUCGUUCCUAGCGGUUGGUAUCAUCAAGUCGAAAACAUUGGCGUGACACUUUCGAUCAAUCACAAUUGGUGUAAUGCCUCGUGCAUUGAAUACAUGCACAAUGCCUUGCAUGCCGAGUACGCGAGAACAAGAGAAUCGUUGCAGGACUUGCUGGACGAUGGAAUCACUUCACGCGAACGGUUCUCUGAGGUUGUGGACGAGGUUGUUGCCGCCAAUUAUGGAUGGACUUGGAAAAAGUUUUGGGCGAUGAUAGAGCAUUACUUACGACGCAUCCGUUUACAUGAACCACGUAAGAAAACCACAGAUACACCAAUGUGGAACAUCCCUCCUCAGUUCAUUCCUCCUUGGAGCUAUGAUGCAAGUGCGCUAAAUCGUAUUUUUGAGAGGGAUGGGAACAAAGUUCCGUCUUCUGUUCUCAGUACAUUUCAGCAAUGUGAGAACAAGGUAUGUCAAUGA